AUGGCUGUGAGGGCUCCCCUCGGGUUCAGCCCGUCGACAAACCCUCUCAUCUCGCCCUUUUCACCGUUUGGUGACCAUUCGCACUCACCUCGACCGCGCAGUGCUGCCGCAGGUGACCAACCUAUGUCUGCAACCGAGAAAGGCAACUCCACAAGCGAUGGUCACCUCAGGGCCCCUCCUGCUAACUACAUCACCUCUCCCCAAGAUCCAAUAGCUCCGUCUCCCGUCAAUUCUGAUGUCACAAACUUCGAGGAUGUAGACGAAGAGGUGGAAGAGGAGGUAACAGAAAAGGGCUCAGUCCCAGAGACCCCUUUCAGUCCUACCACCGCGCAGAGACCAGAUGUGGCUUCUCCUCAGAGAGAAGGCAUACAUCACAUUGCAACACCACUCAGGGUUGCGACGGGCCCGACACUAGAGCAACAGUUUCGCGAAAGACUAGACGAAGAAACAGAACCACAGUCUGUCAUUCACAUCCCUGCGGGAUUUGGAAAAUUCCCUAGUGACCAAGCGUCUCAGUCUCAAAGCGAAGAGGACUUCAAGUCGGCACAUGAAGAACCAGAUCCGCCCAGCGAAAGGACCCCAGAGAGCAAGUCAGCGGCUCAGCAGAAAGACAUCGAGAGAACGAGAGCCGGCUCGACUGAUUCUGCCGAUUCUCAAGCUUCAGACGCAACCAUCAAGUCCGCAGUACCUGAGAUGAAGUCGGUGGCUAGGGGUCAUGAUAUGCCAAUGCCACCCACACCUUUACAGACGUCACUUCCUGCCCUUCCCAUACACGACUGGUCACGAACUCCGAGGGCGCAGACACGACAAGACCUCAGCUCGUUGAGUCGGCCGGGCUCGAGUCUAGCCAGUAUCAUGGAAGGAGACGAUACUGAUCACCCUAGCACUGACGAGACUGGAGACGAGAGUCAUUUCGCUGCUAAUAUCUUGCAAGAUGCCGAAGCUGAGAUCAAUGCGCUACGGAACGCAUUGUCUGAAUGCUGGACAUUGUGUAAUACAUUAGCCAGCCUGAGCCAUAUCCACAGGGAGAGGUUGUUCAACUUCUCCGGACGAGGCGAUAUGCAGGAACAGGCGUGGAAAUCAUGCUGGAAGUUAUGUCAAAACCUUUACAACACACGAGACGAGAAUGCACCGGGAUCUUUCUCUCACGGAUCUUCACGACCUACACUGGACCUAUGUCGAGAUUUCUGUCAAGCACUAUUUGAAGUCAGAGUACGAGAUAAUGAAACAGCAGAUUCGGUGUUGAGGGUCAGCUUCGAGCUGAACAAUCACCUGUACAACACACAUGAUCGGAGUCUGCCUGAGGCUUUUCGGGAGAGAACAUUAGAUUUUUAUAUUACUCUGUGUCAUCGACUCAUGAAACAAAAAGCGAAAAUGGCGGAAGAAACUGAUUCCUUGUUGAAGGCCUGCUGGUCAUUGGCAGAAAUGCUAUUUAGUCUACGGCAGAGUCGGCGAGAGGGGAAGAGACCAGAUGAAGAGCUCCUUGGGUCGGCCAUCCAAGCUUGUUGGGAGCUGUGUGACCUCUUCCGUGAAGGUUGGACUCAAAUUCGCCCCGAAAGAGGCACACCGCGGCCGAGUCAGACGACAUUCACUCAGGCUUUCAAUCAAGCCAGACGUUCGGGAUUCGCUCCUCUGGAUGAGAAUGGCAAUCCCAAAAUGCUGCCUGAGACACCAACCACCAUUUUCGAAGACACAAUCACCACCAUCUCACCUGACGAAGCCCCUAUCCCAAAUAUCCUAAUUCUCGGUGCUGAAGAAGCAACAAGGAUGUCUUCGACAUCAUCCGCCUCAUCAACACCCGCCCCUGUCCAACGGCAAGUCUCGCCGAAUCCGCAGGCACGGCAUCCACACUCUGCCAAACCUGCACCAAGCUCAGCAAACCCGAGAUGGUCCUCGAGUUCUUCUGUCUUGUCUCUUCCCGCCUCGGCAAUUUCCGAAGGCGGCGUCAACCCAACCUCAGCAACAACGGUGUCUACAGUCCGGACUCCCGCUGAUGAUCCUACAUUGAUCCUCUUGAAAGCACUGUUCGUCAAAGCCGCACUAGCCACUGGUCGUGGCUACACACGGACGUCGAUCGAUCCAACGCUCAACUCAUUGCCGAAUUUCGUCCAAAACCUGCCGGACAAUGCAUUCGGCACCCAGACAUGGCAAGUGGCUUUGCUGGAGAACUACCGCAAAGCCGUGAUCAAUGACUCUGGAUUCCGCAAUCUAGGUAUUGCUGGCACCCUGGGCGAACGUGGAAGGAUCAACGCGGUGGAGGUUGCACGAGCAGUCCGUGGGAUGACCAGCUGUGUAUAUGGCUUCGGCUGGCUACGAGACCUCUACCGUCUUGUCUUUGGGUUUUAUGUCGAGGAAGCACUAAAGGCCGGAGAAACUCAUACAGGUGCUGCCCAUAGAAGAGCCCAUCGGCACGCAGCACCGGCGGCAAGUCUCGUUGCCGCGGUCAUGGCUAGCACUGCAACAAUCCCUGCGAGUGCCGGUGGUGGUAACAACCCUAAUGGCGGUGGAGGUGGAGGGAGCAGGAAUAGAAGUUCGAGUAGCAAUGGACGACGAACAAUCAGUCAGUGA